AGGAGAGAAAAGGAGCUGUUUUUCACGCUUAUGAAUGAAAGGCGUUAUUUGAAUCGUUUUAGUAUGAUCCAGGACCUCGAACGCGCCAGCUGGUGAAAUUAAUUCGGUUUACCAAAAGUGAAAAUGAACUGACUCAAGUGAAUAAGAAAACUAGUGCCCUUUGUUUGGCUGGUUGGAUACAGCAUAUUAGCAGUUUGAAGAUUGUGCUAUUAUCAAUCGGAUCAAAUGGAUACCUCAGGAUUAUCGCCGUUAGCAGAUUUGGAUUCUAACUCCACCGGUUCGGAUGGCGUGAGCCAGUCGUUGAAUAGUUUUGGAACAAAUCAAAGUUUAUAUCUAACACAAAACGGCUAUCGUGAUGCUACCACCUCCAUGAAAAAUUUGUUUUUACAGGAGUUCACUGACAAGGACUAUGAGAGAAAGUAUAAUGAAAAUGCUUAUCCAAUCAAAAGCCAAUCUCAAUCAGAGGUAGCUUAUUUUACAGGUAAACCCGUAAAUGAACUUCAUUCAACCAAUGUGAGGGAUGGCACGAAUAGUGUACAGUUUCUCCAGAAUAUCCCAUCUCAGUUGAAUAACAACGAUGUGGACAGGAAAAUUUUAUGUUUUAGUCCAGAACAAAUCCAGUGCAUGUGUGAAGCAUUGCAGCAGCAAGGUGAUAUAGAGAAAUUAGCAACAUUCCUGUGGAGUAUACCGCAAAACGAGCUGAUCAGCAGUAAUGAAAGUUUGCUCAGGGCUAGGUGCAUGGUGGCGUAUCAUCGAGGUGCAUUCCACGAGCUAUACGCCCUCUUGGAGUCGCACUUUUAUUCUCCAAAGUACCACCCCGACCUACAAAACUUAUGGUUCAAGGCCCAUUAUCGCGAGGCAGAAAAAGUGAGAGGACGGACACUGGGUGCAGUUGAUAAAUACAGAUUGCGCAAGAAAUAUCCUUUGCCAAAAACUAUUUGGGAUGGCGAAGAAACCGUCUACUGUUUCAAGGAAAAGAGUCGCAAUGCGCUGAAAGAUUGUUACACAAGGAACCGAUACCCAACGCCAGAUGAGAAGAAAACACUUGCCAAGAAAACUGGACUCACGCUGACUCAAGUGUCUAACUGGUUCAAAAAUAGGCGACAACGGGACAGGACACCACAAGCUAGACCGGAUAUGAUGAUGCCGGUCCUUCCUGUGACUUCUGCCCAGAUGGAUGGCAGCUAUCAGAGGCUGUUUAAUGUUGCCAAUUAUGGAGGACAUGCUUAUCAUGCAAAUGAUAUGUACGCGGUUCAGUGAAAGUGUUCAUCAUAAUCGAACAUACGACAUUAGCUUGUGCCCAGUGUGUAAUUUUGUGGAACCGCGCAGAAAGAUCGCUAAAUUGGGUCUUUUAUCGAGCAGCAACUUCAUUCAUUUUAGGGACAAAGGCAGACGGUGCAAAAUUAAUAACAGCAUACAAAGAACAUUGUGAUAGGCGGUCGAAUUGUUUUAAUCAAUCUUUUCCGUUGUAAAUAGUACAAUUAAGGUCAAAAAUUGAAAUAAAAUGUGAAGCACGUGAAAAACUGACUCUGUGUCUAGAUGUGUG